UAUCAAGUGCCAAUCAGUUGCCUUGCAAUUCGACCGUUUAUUCUUCAAGAGAUCGCCGCCAUCUCGAGUCGCCGACAACCAAACACCUACAGUUUUUUUUUGGUCUUAUAUAAGCGGUGGUUUGGUCUGCUUAAUUAUAAAAACAGAAGGAUCCUUCUACUUUUUCUUCUUCUUCUUUCUCCAUAUUCUCCGUUCGACUUUUUGGACCUUUUACUUUUUUUUUUAUUUUUUUUUCUUCUUUAGUUUGCGUUUUUCUUCUUAUUAGUUGAAACGCCUUUUAUAAUUUUGAAAGGUCCUCAUUGUUUAACACUUUCUUUUCCUCUUCUCUUUUAAUUUUUAUAUUGCAUUUUUCCUCGGUUUCUAUAUUCUUUGAGCUUAUUUGUUGUUUUUUUUUUCCUCUGUUAUAAGACUCAAUUGAAAUAUGAAUAGUACCCCGAAAACCCUUUACGACAAGGUUUUUGAUAGCCACGUUGUCGACAGUCAAGAAGAUGGCACCUGUUUACUUUACAUCGAUCGUCAUUUGAUCCACGAGGUCACCUCACCUCAGGCUUUUGAAGGUCUUCGCACCGCCGGUAGGAAAGCCCGUCGUCCUGAAUUGGCCUUGGCUACCGUAGAUCAUAAUAUCCCAACUGAUUCCCGUAAAGAUUUGAAGGAUCUCGAAUCCUUUAUCCAUCAACCCGAUUCCCGUACUCAAGUUCUGGCCUUGGAACACAACAUCAAGGAAUUUGGUUUGAGUUAUUUUGGUAUGACCGAUCGUCGUCAAGGUAUUGUUCACGUUAUCGGUCCUGAACAAGGUUUCACCCUUCCCGCUACCACCUUGGUUUGUGGUGACUCUCACACUUCCACCCAUGGCGCCUUUGGUGCUUUGGCUUUUGGUAUCGGUACCAGUGAAGUCGAACAUGUUUUGGCUACUCAAACUAUCUUACAACGCAAGAGCAAGAAUAUGCGUAUCCACGUUAGCGGUACCCUCCCCGAAGGUAUCGCCUCUAAAGAUUUAAUGUUGCAUAUCAUCGGUGUAAUCGGUACAGCUGGUGGUACUGGUUGCGUCAUCGAAUUUUGCGGUGAAGCAAUUGAGGCUCUCAGUAUGGAAGCUCGUAUGUCCAUGUGUAACAUGUCCAUCGAAGCCGGUGCCCGUGCUGGUAUGAUUGCUCCUGACGAAACUACCUUUGAGUAUGUCAAGAACCGUCCCUUGGCUCCCAAGGGCGAUGAUUGGGAACAAGCCGUCGCCUACUGGAAGACUUUGAGUUCUGACAAGGGCGCUAAAUAUGACAUUGAGGUCGAAAUCAAUGCUGCUGAUAUUUUGCCCACUGUUACUUGGGGUACUUCUCCUCAAGAUGUCAUCGCCGUUAACGACACCGUCCCUGAUCCCUCCAAGGUUACCGACGCUGUUCGCGCCACCUCUAUCCAACAUUCUUUGGAAUACAUGGGUCUUGAACCCAAUACUCCUAUUACUUCUUAUCCCUUGGACAAAAUCUUCAUUGGUUCUUGCACGAAUUCUCGUAUCGAAGAUUUGCGUCUCGCCGCUGCUGUCGUCAAGGGUCGUAAGAUUGCUAGCAAUAUUAAGCAUGCCAUGGUUGUCCCUGGCUCUGGUUUGGUCAAGAAGAUGGCCGAAUCUGAAGGUUUGGACCAAGUCUUUAUUGAAGCUGGUUUUGACUGGCGUGAAGCUGGUUGUUCCAUGUGUCUCGGUAUGAACCCCGAUCAAUUGAAACCUUAUGAGCGCUGUGCUUCCACUUCCAACCGUAACUUCGAAGGUCGUCAAGGUGCCAAGGGUCGUACUCAUCUUGUUAGCCCUGCCAUGGCUGCUGCCGCCGCCAUUAAGGGAUACCUCUGCAACGUCAGAGAAUUCUUUGGUGAUGCUACCACCGGAUCCCCUACCGUCAUUACCAACAGAAACUAUGAUGCUUCCCAUGAUUUCGGCAGUGUAAUUUCCCUUUCUGUGGAUGAUGCCACUGAUGCUGUUACGGAUUCCGCUGGUGUGGGCACAACCGUUGCUGGUGGUCCUGGCGCCGCUACCGCUGGUAUUCCCAAGUUUACCGUCGUUUCCGGUAUUGCUGCUCCUUUACCCAUUUCAAAUGUCGAUACUGACAAGAUCAUUCCCAAGCAAUUUUUGAAGACAAUCAAGCGUACCGGUCUUGGUAAGUUUGCAUUUUACGAAAUUCGCUAUGACUCUGAUGGUAAUGAAUUGCCUGAAUUUGUUUUGAACCGUGAACCCUACCGUGGUGCCAGCAUUUUAGUUGCUCAUGAAAACUUUGGAUGUGGUAGCUCACGUGAACAUGCCCCUUGGGCUUUGAAUGAUUUUGGCAUUCGUGUUGUCAUAGCUCCUUCUUUUGCUGAUAUCUUCUUCAAUAACUGUUUUAAGAAUGGUAUGUUGCCUAUUCCCUUGCCUUUUGAACAAGUGAAUGAAUUAAUGGCCGCCGCCGAAAAGGAGUUGCAAUUUACUGUUGACUUGACCAACCAAGUCAUUCGCUACGACGAUAAGGAAAUUAAGUUUGAAGUUGAGCCCUUCCGCAAGCAUUGUUUGAUUAAUGGACUCGAUGACAUUGGUUUGACCUUGCAAAAGGCACCAAAGAUUGACGCUUUUGAAGCUGCCAGAGAAGAGAAUUUCCCUUGGAUGAAUAUCAAACGUAGCCGUGCUCGUCUUAGUCCUUCUCGACCCAAGCAAUCUACUACUGGAGGUAAUAAUGAUUGGUAAAAUGCCGAAUAUUUGAGAUUUUGAAGAUUGAGGAUUCUUUCCCGUUAGACGUUUUCGCUAUGUUUUUUAAUUAUUGUUUGUAUAGAAAUCUUUGUAUAAUAAAGUACAGG